AUGGCUUUCAGAAAUGUGAACAGAAGACGUCACAUUGGACUUCAGCAGCUUUCAUCUUUAGCAUCAAUAGGAAGAACACUUUUAGGGCCAGUAAAAUCAUAUCAAUUUAUUGUAGAUGAAAGCACCAAUGAGAGUGUUUUGACUUGUUCUGCAGUUAGACUUCUUGAAAGUUUGGAUUUAACUAGUGCAGUGGGACAGCUUCUUAAUGAAACAAUUCAGGCACAGAACAAAGAAUAUAAAACUGGAAUGACUACCCAGUUAUUUCUCAUUGGUGCAUGGAGCAGUGCUGUACUUGAAUGCCUUCAGCAGAAUGUUCCUUUUUCACUAAUAGUAUCUGUGAUGUCUGAAGGAUUGAACUCUUGCAGUGAAAAAGUCCAGGGUCUUCAGCUCUCAGUACAUGAUUUAUAUAAAGGGCCUGAUUCUGUUCCCAUUCACUUCAGUUCUAGCAGUUUGGGGCCCCAAAUUAUUGAAAAUAAAACUCCUGGUAUUGGAGCUAACAGUUUUUUAAAUCCUCUUGUGCAUAUUCUUAAAGAGGUUCCUGUAUCUAAAGAAGAAAGUGUUCCAGAAGGCCUUCAUUCUCAUCAAGCAAGCCCUUGCGAUCUUCAUAACAGAUGUUUGAAUUCACACCUAUGCCCUACAGACUAUAUAACACCCUCAUUGGUUGAACUAGUGGGCAAUAAAACUAUGCCUGCAGUUCCUGGAAGCAGUUUGAUUGCGUCCAGCUAUACCAAAAGAACAAGAUUAACUCAUAGUAGAUACUUUAACACUCCAGGAAAAAAACAUUGUUCACUCCAAGUAGACAGUUUUGGGGGUCCUCCCACUGGGCCUGUAGCAUGUCCUUAUGAAUUUAAUGAUUUUGAACAAUUGGCAAUGGCUCUUAGCCAUGGGAAUCAGUCUAGCAUGAAAUUGGUACAGGAUAUUGUCAGAUGCCAGCAACAAGUAGCUGAUCACACAGGUUCUUCUCAAUUUAAUAUUGCAGAAGUUGUGACAUGCUGUUUACCAGGAUUGUCUGAACAUUAUUCUUGUGUGUGUCCAGGGUAUAUCACUUUAGUAUCACCAGAGAAAGCCACUGUUACCAAGCAACUUCAGGAUAGACCACUUCAGAUUCUUCUUGUAGAUGGUGAUCUAACGGAAAAGUAUCGUCACUUGGGAUUUAAUAGACCAUCAAAUGUCAGAACAAUAUCGGAAAAUGUAGGUUUACAAGAAAGUAGCUCAGAAAGUUUAUGGAUAAAUUGUGUGUUAGAUAUUUUAAUACAAGCAAAAGUAAAUUUAGUUUUGGUAAAAGGAAAUGUGUGUGAAAGUUUAAUGGAAAGAUGCAUCCUGAAUAACAUAUUGAUAAUCAAUCCAGUAACUCUCAAUGUGCUACAUGCUUUUGGGAAGGGCACAGGAGUGCAGCUGGUGACAUACCUUUCCCAGGUAAAUAGUCAUUGUAUGGGUAGCAGUGUCUGGGUGGAUUUCUGGAGAACUGGUGACUUGAGCACAAUGGAAUUGGAUAACAAAGUGCCAAUUAGUAUAAAAGCUGAAGGAAUUCAUCUGGUAACAGCUGUGCUUAGUAGCACAGUAACUUCGAAGAUGCAAGUCACUGAAGAUCAGUUCUGGACUUGUGCUUAUCGCCUGCAUCAUGCUCUAACUGACCAGAAAGUUUUUCCUGGAGGUGGUGCUGUUGAACUUUUGUGCCUCAGUCAUCUUAAGACGCUUGAAGAACAAUCAUUAAAGCAACCAGAUAAAAAACCUUCAGGGGAUUUUUACAUGUCGUCUUGUUGGCUGACAAAAUCAUUGACACAGUAUAAACCAGUUGUGCUUAAAGCUCUGGCAAGUGGUUGGCAUCAGUACCUUUCAAGAGUCAUGUGUAACACUGCUCAUUAUGCAUCAGAGUUUGAAGCAAGCGCUUCCAUUGAGCAUCAUCUCAAAAAAGCAGCAGACUGUGGUUCUUCUUCAGCAUAUAUUCUGAAAGAGUUCAAUAAAGGAGAUAAGGUCAUGGUGGAUUUUGGUCUUUCAGCUAAACCCCAGGAGGCUGUAAAGAUAUAUGACAAUGUUACACCCAAGGUGGAGGCAUGGCGCAGAGCUCUAGACUUGGUGCUAUUAGUGCUUCAAACAGAUGCUGAAAUUAUCACAGGUCCUAAUAGAAAUCAGUUAUUAAAUUCACAUGUAUCCAGUGAGUUCAUAUUUUUAUAG